UUUGAAUUUGGUAGCGGCGGUCGUAUGUCCGGUUCGCUGCAGAGCCAGUCUGUCUCAGCUGGAACAGCCAGGUUUAUCACUACCCUCGUUUUGGGACUCGCAGCCUCCACCGAAAUUCCAUGGCUCCAGCUAGGAAAGGCGGCAGUCGGACGACUAAGACCAAUUCUUUGCGGAGCCGGAAGCUCGCCUCCUUUCUCAAGGACUUCGACCGCGAGGUGCAAAUCCGAUCCAAGCAAAUUCAGUCAGACAGGCAGAAUCUCCUCAAGGAGAUGGAUAACCUGUACAAUAUCGAGAUCCUGCGGCUCCCCAGGGCGCUGCGCGAGAUGAACUGGCUGGACUACUUCGCCCUUGGAGGAAACAAGCAGGCCUUGGAAGAGGUAGCAACGGCUGACCUAGAUAUCACAGAAAUAAACAAACUAACUGCAGAAGCUAUUCAGACUCCCCUGAAAUCUGCCAAAACACGAAAAGCAAUACAAGUGGAUGAAAUGAUAGUAGAAGAAGAAGAAGAAAAUAAAAAUACGAAUCCUCAAACUGCAAGAGUCAGAAGGUGUCCUCCAGCCAAGAAGAGAACCCAGUCCAUACAAGGAAAAGGCAAAAACAAAAGGUCAAGCCGCUGGAACACUGUUACCCCAGCUGUGGGCCGACUGGAGUUGUCUAUGGUGAAACCAACUCCAGGCCUGACACCCAGGUUUGAUUCAAGGGUCUUCAAGACUCCAGGCCUGCGCACGCCAGCAGCCAGAGAGCGUAUUUACAAUAUCUCAAUGAAUGGCAGCCCCCUCGCCAACAGCAAAGAGAUUUUCCUUACUGUGCCAGUGGGCGGCGGAGAGAGUGUGCGAUUAUUGGCCAGUGACUUGCAGAGAAUCGAUAUCGCACAGCUCGAUCCAGAGGCCUUGGGAAGUAUUAAGAAGCUCUCCAGCCGUCUUGCCCAGAUCUGCAGCAGCAUACAGACUCACAAAUGAGGCUACCAUUCCAUGAAGCCAAACCUGAUAGGAUGGACUUUCAACGGGUACUUCUUGGGCCCUGAAGAGACUUCUUCCCUUCAGGCUUAUUGUUUGUUUGGGUGUGAAGUUCGACAGCAGGGGCAGGGUUCCCAGGAUUCUUCUUGGAAAAUUCAGAAAGGGGGAAGGGAAGGCACACUAGUUCCCCCAUCAGUUAAAGCUUUGCCACUGCUUCUAGCCUCAUAUCUCCCAACCCAGGUGACCCUAGACACUGCCUGUUGCAACUUCCUAUCGUUCUCUCAGCCAAAUUCUCCUUCUUGCUCUCAGAGCUGCCUUCCGCCUCCUGUAACUCAUCGUCCUGUUUGCCCUGCCCCACCUCCAGUCGAGGUGGUGUGGAAGCACUGCAUGUUCUUGGGAGGACUGCCUGCUCACUCUCAUCAGAGAACCCUCUGCACCUAGCGCUGCUGUGCAUGCUUGAGGCUGGGAGGCUUAGGCCUGAAGUGAGAGCUGUGGGCCUUGAGAGGGCAGCUGGGAGGAGCUGCACAAAUCAGGCCAGGGCAGAAUAGAAAGUAUCGCAGCAGUGACCCCAGUAGUACGCCUCCCCCUUCCUACGCCCCUCCCCUCUUUCUAUGUUGGAUACUAAAUGGUGCUAUGGAAUCUUUAACAUGUCAUGCCCAGUAGUUCUUUUAAAGCUGGCCUGUGGGACAGUGUUUUGUUUUCAUCCGUGUUUACCAAAGCCCAAAAAUUAGUUUGGAGGUAGCUUCCAUGUUUUGCUCCUCUACCUCUGUGGUUAGUGGGAAUUUGCAUCAGGGAAUUUCAGGGCUUAAUUAGUCUAGAGUUUUUAUGUGAUUAGCUGCAGAGUAUUUCUAAACUAUCCAUGGUCCAGUGGUCCUUGACACCAGAGAGAACACCUCUCUUCUGGGGCUUAUUGGGGGAGUAGGUGUAACUUGUCUGGUGCCCUCAUUCCAUGUAUUCUGCCAGUGCUCUGAGCAUGGACUAGUUACACAGCAGUCAGCAAUGAGGUUCAUGCUCCAGCCGACAUCUCCUUCCCAAAGAAUAAUUGGAUGUGUUCCAAGAAUAUGGGAACUGAGAGCCCCCUACGCCCAGGCUUGUGGGUACAUAGUUUUCUCAUUGUUGUGUUUUAUAUUGUUUUGCUAAGUGACCAUUCUAGUAAUCCAGUCCUGUUCAAGUUGUUUCAAACUGUUUUAUUCUCCCUUUCCCGAGACUUUUGUACAUAUUGCUUUUCUGAAUAAUGGUAUCUUUAAGCUUGAUUGGUUUUAAUCAGAGCUACUGAAAGAUACCUGUUUUCAAUAAAUUUUGGGGUUUUAUCAAGAUUCACUCUGUGUGUCAUUUCCAAGCUGUGAGACAGUUUUGGAACUGAAGCCAUUGGGGUCUUUAACGGCUCCUUUCCUCGGUAGAUGUGAAAACCUUCACUUCAGGCAGAAUCUCUCGGACAUCUGAAGGGGAAAGCCCUUGCCCCAGGAUGCAGGGCAUAGGUAACCUCAGCCUCCAAGCCAGUUUCCCUGCCACCUUCAUUCCAUGAGCUAGAAAUUUAUAUCUGGGAGGACAAAAUCUAGAGUAUCUGUAGUUUACCUGUAUAGACAAGUUUCAUUGGCCAAGAACAAAGCAGGGAUAAAGGUAAUUCAACCAUCAUGUUGCUCACUUCCCAAAUUUCCUGGAGUUCUGGCAGAUCUGCCUUUCCAGAAUCAUUUCUGCACUGAAAAUGAUCGGCAUGGUGGAGGAGGGAUCUGCCUGAAGGACUCAGCUAGGUCAUCUGACGCUGACAGAUUAUGAAGAAGGAGCCCCUUGUCAGUGACAGCAUUUGGAAUAAAGGUUCCUCACUUUGAGUAAGUAAUCCAGUCUACAACAGUCACCAAACCUGAGGCUUCUGCCCUCCUUGUCUGGUGCAGUAUUAAGAACCUGACAUCAGGGGAAUACAUA